GCCCUUUUGGAUCAAGCAAGCAUGCCCAGCACGCUCGGCCUCGUCUCGGUGGUCGUCCGCGACUACGACGAAGCGAUCGAGUUCUACACGAAGAAGGCCGGCUUCCACUUGGUCUGCGACGAGCGCCAGUCGGACACGAAGCGCUGGGUCGUCGUCAACCCGACGAGCGCGACGGCGACGGCCGGCGGUCUCCUCCUCGCGCAGGCUGUUGGCGACGCGCAGCUUGCGACCAUUGGCAACCAGAGCGGCGGCCGCGUCUGGCUCUUCCUCAACACGACCGACUUCCGUCCGACAUACGAGCGCAUGAAGGCCAACGGCGUCGUCUUCUGCGAAGAGCCGCGUCACGAGCUUUAUGGCUGGGUUGUUGUCUGGCAGGACCUGUACGGCAACAAGUGGGACCUUCUCGAGAAGAAGGACGCCUGAUGCACUACCAAGCAACAACGUAUUCUACGAUAAGACGAUGCGGCUCUGCAUAAGAAAAUCUUGGAACUUAGCGGUGGCGCGACCGCUUACUUCGG